AUGUCUAAGCCCACCAUGAAUCCUACGGUAGAGGAUGAAGGGGACGAUGUCCCGACCAGUCCAAUGCCCAAUCCAAAGGCCAAUUCCAAUGAAAAUGACAAACCACUCUCUUGGUCGGAGAUCUUCUCCCGUCAUGAAGCCUUCCUCUGCUCUCACCUCAAAAUGCUGAACCUGGUGAAGGAGCAGGUUGCUCCAGAGGUCACCCAGACGGUCUCGUCAAUGAUGAACAAAACCGUACAGGCGAUGAACCAGCUGAAGGUGGCUAGAAAACUUACAAUGAGCAGUAUGUUCCAAGAUCCUACCCCGGACACCUACCCCACCUUUUUACCAAAAGCAGGAAUUGACAUGACCUCAGAAAAGCCCACACCCUCAACCUCCACCAACACCACACAGUCCACUGACACAGAGGCCAAUACUCGCAAGAAACGACGUAGAGUCUCCCGAGACCACGACACAGUCCGUGGACCUACGGACGAAAUGCGAGCCCCCAAACGACACCGCGACUCUCCAUUCCAGCCGACAACCGAGCCAGAUGGAGAAUUCACUUCGUCACAUGAAACGGAGGAUAUUUCCGCGGAAGUACAGCGACGAUUGAAAAUCAAGGAGGAGCAACGUUUGAAGAGAGAGAACUCCAAACCGGAUAAGCGCAAGCGCGACAGUCUCGCAUCGAAUGAAGGUGAUUCAUCUAUUGCAGCCAGGCCUCGGAAGAAACGGCUUAUAGUGGCAAAUGCGCAUAAGAGACAUGGUGAUUUGAUGGAGAAGGAGGCGGAUUCUACAAAGAAGAAGCAACGCAAAUCGCCUUAA